AUGUCCAAAACCAGCCGCCGGGGUCAGACUGCACCCAAUGUCGAAAUACAAAUGCCCCAUGUUACACUGAUUCCGGUGGUGACCGCAGGAAGUGUUUUGAGGCGCCGUGGUGUUGGCCAAAAUUUGUCCUCGGUACACAGUCGCCUUGCAGAACUGGAAGACCUGUUGGGACUGCAUGGGGCACGAAACGCAGAAUCCGAAAGAGUCGAGCAGCGUCCUCAAUCAUCCCGCUACCAAGAUGCAAGACACCCUGCUCUGAGCGGCACAUCGCCCCCCUUGGUCACCGCCAACCCCGCGCCACCACCAGACACUGGUCUCAUGUCGGCCGAGCUGGCAGGAGGCUCUCUGUUGGCAGACCAUUCUGUCCAGAUACUCGAUGGACAACUCCCAACCCCACAACCUCCCGACUUUUCCGGUCUGGCUGGAGAGUGCCAGAACAUGUUCGACAUGCUGCUCGACAGCACAGAACGAUCGAUGACCACCUUGGGUCAACCAGGCUGCCAGUUGGACAACAACGUCUUUUCGCCAGCCGACGAUGCAAUCAGACAGUUGGGCAUACAACAGCCGCACUUUCACACCAUGGCACCACCCCGAACAGGAGAACCACCGACUUCGGAUUUUGAAACGCAACAGUCCUAUCAGCUGCCGCAAACCUCCCUCCUUGCCGACUUCGACGACUCAGCGAGUGUGGUGGGCGACGAUAACGAAGAAGAAACCUCCCUGGGAAUCGAUUCCGCACCUCUUCGAACGGCACUCCUCCAGACGUUCUGGGAUGUGCACCCUUGUGGAAUCCUGGUCGUAGAAAAAGAGCCGUUCAUGACGCAUCGGUCGAUCGGCAAACGCAGCCAUUAUUAUUCGACGUUCCUGGAAGACGCCAUACUUAGCUCCGCGAGCCGGGUAAGCACGUCCAGCUUCAUUCGACAACUGGGGGCACAGUUUCUCGAACGCGCCCGGGCACAAGUCCUCCAGGAGAUCGAAAACCCAAACAUAGCCUCGAUGCAGGGUCUGACUCUGCUCAGCGAGUGUGUGGGCAUCACAGGCAACGACAGGCUAUCCUGGAUAUACUGUGGCAUGGCUUGUCGAUUAGUCUUCGAUCUGGGACUACUCCAUAAAAAGUCCAACACCCUCAACGACGAGGGCGAUGUCGUCGACGCCUCCCACCGCAUCGCUUCGUUCCUUUCCACCUUCGUCUUCGACCAGAACCUGAGCCUGUAUUUCGGUCGGCCGCACUCGAUGACCCUGGCGCAGUUGCGCAGUGCCCUUCAAGGCGCCAAAAACACCUCGAUCCCGGAGAUCCUCCAAGCGUGGAGCCUCCUGAGUGUGCAGGUUUCACGCAUCACCGACGUCUUGAACACCGCCACUUCCGCCGACGUGACGAAUCAAUUACACCUCUUCCCCAAACUGGCGGCAGAAAUCGAUGCCUGUUAUGAAAGCCUCCCGCCACAGCUGAAAUGCGACGAUUUGAGUCACAACGACCUGAACCCGCACUCUUACGGAUUGAACCUGCAGUUCUGUGGAGUCCGAAUCAUUCUGCACCGCCUGUGGAACAGGUUACUGGAGACCACAGAAGGAGGUCGUUCGCACGCGGCAGCAGGGCCUUCUGGGGUGGUCGGAACCGAGCAGCAGCAAUGCGUGAACCAGUCGGCGCGGAUCAUAUACCAGAACGCCAUUCGCGUGGCGAGGCUGACGCGGACCUACAAGCUGAUCUACGGCGUCGAGAAGCUCGUCACGGUCAUGUUGAUCAACACGUGUUGGGCGACGACGGCGCUGAUAUCGCAUAUUCUGUCGUCACCGUCCCCGUCCCCGUCUAGCCCUCACCCGGGAGACGGGGGUCGGAGGAACGGAAGCAACGACAGCGACACCAACAUCUACUGGCUCAAGUUCUUGUGGAAAACGCUAGAAGAGUCGCAGCCCUACUAUCCCUUGGCCGCGCCCAUCCUGAGGACGUUCGCCCGCCUGAUCGAAGGCACACAUCUCCACACGAUACUCCGCGCUCGGCGCUUCUCCAACGGCGAAGCGACGUCGCCGUCGGCAAUUUUUACAUCUUCCACCGAGAACAAAGACCGCGGCUCGGUCGAAGCACUCAUGCACGACGUGUCUUACGGUCUGGGUUCUUCCGCCCGGGCUCCCACGACGAGUGACAGUAUGUUUGUGGAUUUGUCCAUGGUCGACACGUCCUGGAUGUUUAACUAG